UCCAAAAUCAGCUCGAGCACAACAUCCAAUCCACAAACGAAAACAGCAGAUCAAGGAAGAAGACCAGAAACAAUGGCCGAUUCUCGCCAAAUGUUCAAGUCUGGCCAGGCCAAGGGCGAGGCUCAGGCAAAGACAGAGGAAUGGAUCGAAUCGGCAAAGGACACAGCAAACGCAGCCAGAGAAAAGACAUGCGAGGCUGCGCAGAGCGCGGCGGAUUCGGCGGAGCAAGGCCAGCAGCAGGCCUCCGGCUUCCUCCAGCAGACUGGAGAACAAAUCAAGAACAUGGCUCAGGGUGCAGCUGACAGUGUGAAGCAAACCCUGGGGAUGGGUGGCCAGAGCAAGAAGUGAUGGGUCAGGCGUCAGAGAGUGCACUGAGAGAUCAUAUGGGGACCUCUGGCCUUCAGCUUCUAUGGAGUGCUCACAUUCUAUUUUCUCUCUUGCACCAUUACCAGUCCUGGAUUUUUUGCAGACUGCUUCAUCAUAUUUGUGUUUUGCUUCUUCUUUUUUUUUUCCUACCAAUUUUUGUUUACAAGAGAGACAACUCUCAUGUAAGAAGAGCUCUCUUUGUUUUCCUUCGUCUUUCACUGACGCUAUAAUAAAUCUACAUUAAGCCAAAUAAUAAUUCAUUUCGUGAAA